UGGUCUAGGUGAAAUCUCAUGGACAACUCCACCUGGGUGGCCAACUACACAGGACAGUUGGAUUUCAUUCUCAUGGGACUCUUCAGUCAAUCCAAGUACCCAGUUCUUCUCUGUGUAGUCAUUUUUGUGAUUUUCCUGAUGGCCCUGUCUGGGAAUAUCAUGCUGAUCCUUCUGAUAUACUCUGAUGCCCACCUCCACACUCCCAUGUACUUUUUCAUCACCCAAUUGUCUCUCAUGGACAUGAUAUACAUUUCUGUAAUUGUUCCCAAGAUGCUCAUGGACCAGGUCCUGGGUAAGAAUAAGAUCUCAGCCCCUGAAUGUGGAAUGCAGAUGUUUCUCUAUCUAACAGUAGGAGGUUCAGAAUAUUUCCUUCUGGCUGCCAUGGCCUAUGACCGCUAUGUGGCCAUCUGUCAUCCACUCCACUAUUCUACCCUCAUGAGCCAUAAGGUGUGGCUCCUCCUGGUAUCUGGCUGCUGGUUCCUGGGAUCAGUGGAUGGCUUCAUGCUCACACCAGUCACCAUGACCUUCCCCUUCUGCAGAUCCCGGGAGAUCCAUCAUUUCUUCUGUGAGGUCCCUGCUGUAAUGAAGCUUUCCUGCUCAGACACUUCCCUGUAUGAGACACUCAUGUACCUGUGCUGUGUCCUCAUGCUCCUCAUCCCUGUGACAGUCAUUUCAAGCUCUUAUUCAUUCAUCCUCCUCACCAUCCACAGGAUGAAUUCAGCAGAGGGCAGGAAAAAGGCUUUUAUGACUUGUUCUUCCCACAUGACUGUGGUCAUCCUCUUCUAUGGAACUUCAACCUACAGCUAUAUGUUCCCCAGCUCCUACCACACCUCUGAGAAGGACAUGGCUGUAUCUAUCUUUUACACCAUACUCACUCCUGUUCUAAACCCUUUAAUCUAUAGUCUUAGGAAUAAGGAUGUCACAGGGGCUCUAAAGAACUUGUUGAAUGUGGAAUCUGCCUUUCAGAGAACUAUGAAAUAA